UUAAGUCAGGUGUUUUUGUGGAGAAAUCGGUAUUCAUUAUGGAAUAUGUGAUACACGGUGAACGAGCUAUAGUUAUUACUCAUCCCUGUCGGUUUGGUAAAUCUACAAACCUUUCAAUGCUUUAUAAAGAAGAUGUUUUUGCGCUAUCUUCCAUCACACCAUCUCCAUUACUACUUUG